AUGGAGCUCCGCUCGGAGGGGAAUCAGGCCUGGUCUGUACCCGUCGAGGAACUGGUGCCCCUACAACGCGUCUUAUAUAGGCUCCAUGCAGCGCUACAGGAGGCACCAUCGACGCGUGAGGUCGACCUCGCCCUAAACAAGCUCCAGCUGCACAGCCUGUGUGCCUCGGCAGAUGGCCACGACGUCGCAAUGAAGGAGGCGGCCGCUGCCAUCGUGGUGAUGGCUGCCAUGCCGUCAGCCACCUCGCCUCCUUAUGCGCCAUCUGCUAUCGGCCAGACAGCCGUGGAGUGGACGACUCCGGGGCUCCUCCUGUCUGGCGGACAGGGGCUAGCCACGGCGACUCCUAGGUUGGCCGCGACGUCUCCUGGGCCACUCCAGAUGGUGCCCCUCCCACCUUCUGUGCUGGGCCUGACUGCGACAGCUACUGGCGGGAAUGUGCUCAGCGCACGGCUCUCUACGCUGGGCCUGGGUGUUGAAACUGCUACGGAGCGACCUCCUGGGCUAGGCUCGCCCGUAGCAACUGCUGCCAGCCAGUUGGCCAUGGAGAGGCCGUCUGGACUGGGCCUACCCGCCGCAGCUGCUGCCGGCCAGUCGGCCAUGUUGGGCCGGGCCGCGAAAGCUGUCGACGGCCUAACAGCGAUGGAGCAGCCCACCAGGCCGGGCCAGGCCGCAGAAGCUGCUGCCGGCCACAUGUCCACGGAACGGUCUUCAGGGCACGGCCUGGCCGCGGCAGCUGAUGCAUAG